AUGGCUCUUCAUAUUCAUGAAGCUUGCAUACUUCUGUUGGUCAUCCCUGGAUUGGUCACCUCUGCUGCCAUCAGUCAUGAAGACUAUCCUGCUGAUGAAGGGGACCAGACCUCCAGUAAUGACAAUCUGAUCUUUGAUGACUAUCGAGGGAAAGGGUGUGUGGAUGACAGCGGCUUUGUAUACAAGUUGGGAGAACGAUUUUUCCCAGGGCAUUCCAACUGCCCUUGUGUCUGUGCUCUGGAUGGACCUGUUUGCGACCAGCCAGAAUGCCCUAAAAUUCACCCAAAGUGUACUAAAGUGGAACACAAUGGAUGCUGUCCUGAGUGCAAAGAAGUGAAAAACUUUUGUGAAUAUCAUGGGAAAAAUUACAAAAUCUUGGAGGAAUUUAAGCCCUCUCCAUGUGAAUGGUGUCGCUGUGAGCCCAGCAAUGAAGUUCACUGUGUUGUAGCAGACUGCGCAGUUCCUGAGUGUGUCAACCCAGUCUAUGAACCAGAACAAUGUUGUCCUGUCUGCAAAAAUGGUCCAAACUGCUUUGCAGGAACCACCAUCAUCCCGGCUGGCAUCGAAGUGAAAGUGGACGAGUGUAACAUCUGUCACUGUCACAACGGGGACUGGUGGAAGCCGGCGCAGUGCUCCAAACGCGAAUGCCAAGGCAAGCAGAUCGUGUAG